AUGAUCGCCGACGGCGUCGGUCUGCUCGACCGGCCCGAGUACCAAGCCUACCGGUUGGCGCUGCACGAGUUGCGUGAGGGUCGCGAGGCUCAGGCGGCCGCCAUUCUCAACGGCCAAGACGCGCUGGAGCGCAAUCUGGUCGCGGUGCUCAUCAACAGGCCCAACUUCAUUUUGCGCAAAGUGGAAGAGAAAGAGGUGCUCUCGUUGACGGGACUGCUCUCACAGACCGGCGGACUUCUGUCCAUCUGGAUCGGUUUGACGAUGAUCUCGCUGGGCGAACUCGCCGAACUCAUCGUUCGCUGCGUCGCUGUCUACCAAAAUUGUCGUGACCAGCGCCGACUGGACGCCGCCAACCAGUCGUCGCCAGCCUGUGCCAACACACCGGCCCAACCGAACAAGCAAAUGGCGACGGCGACGGCGACGGCGAUGGUGACGACCACCUCGUUGGCGGGACUCGAGCCUUAA